AUGGCCUUCGACCAGCAGCCCGUCGCCCUCCUCAGCGUCUACGACAAGCAGGGCCUCCUCCCCUUCGCCCAGGGCCUCGUCGACCAGGGCGUCCGCCUCCUCGGCUCCGGCGGCACCGCAAAGGCCAUCCGCAACGCCGGCAUGACCAUCGACGACGUCUCUGACAUCACCAAGUACCCCGAGAUGCUCGGCGGCCGCGUAAAGACCCUCCACCCGGCAGUCCACGGCGGCAUCCUCGCCCGCAACAUCCCGUCCGACGCCGCCGACCUCGACGCACAGAAGAUUGCCCCCAUCGCCGUCGUCGUCUGCAACCUGUACCCGUUCAACGAGACGAUCGCCCGCAUCCCGCCGCCCUCGAUCCCCGAGGCCGUCGAGGAGGUCGACAUUGGCGGCGUCACCCUCCUCCGUGCCGCGGCCAAGAACCACGACCGCGUCGUCAUCCUGUCCGACCCCAAGGACUACGACGAGUUCCUCGCCCAGUACAAGGCCGGCAACGGCUCCGUUUCGGACGAGUUCAAGCAGCGCAUGGCCGUCAAGGCCUUUUCGCAGACGGCCGCCUACGACACGUCGAUCGGCAACUACUUCCGCCGCCAGUACGUGUCGGCCGACGCGAUCGGCGCCGCCCCGGCCGACCACAAGGCGGCCCUCACCGAGCACGCCCAGCAGCUCACGCUCCGGUACGGCGCCAACCCGCACCAGAAGCCCGCCCAGGCCUACGUCACCGAGGGCAAGCUCCCCUUCUCGGUCCUGAGCGGCUCGCCGGGCUACAUCAACCUCCUCGACGCCCUCAACUCGUACGCGCUCGUGCACGAGCUCAGCCGCGCGUUCGAGCCCGCAAAGGCCGCCGCCGCGUCGUUCAAGCACGUGUCGCCCGCCGGCGCUGCCGUCGAGAGCACCCUCUCGGCCGACGAGGUCAAGGUGUUCGACGUCGACGGCGUCGACCUCACGCCCGUCGCCUCGGCCUACGCUCGUGCCCGCGGCGCCGACCGCAUGUCGUCGUUCGGCGACUUUAUCGCCCUGUCGCACACGUGCGACGUCGCGACGGCCAAGAUCAUCUCGCGCGAGGUGUCGGACGGCAUCAUCGCGCCCGGGUACGAGCCCGAGGCGCUCGACAUCCUGCGCAAGAAGAAGGGAGGCAAGUACUGCGUCCUCCAGAUGGACCCGUCGUUCAACCCGAGCUUGAUCGAGACGCGCCAGGUGUACGGCAUCACGCUCGAGCAGCGCCGCAACGACGCCAAGAUCGACGCCAGCAUCUUCUCCAACAUCGUCUCGAAGAACAAGGACCUGUCGCCGCAGGCCCUGACCGACCUGAUCGUCGCGACGACGGCGCUCAAGUACACCCAGUCCAACUCGGUCUGCUACGCGUACAACGGCGGCACGGUCGGCCUCGGUGCGGGCCAGCAGUCGCGCAUCCACUGCACGCGCCUCGCCGGGUCCAAGGCCGACGCCUGGUGGCUGCGCCACCACCCGCGCGUGCUCGACUUCAAGUGGCGCAAGGGCAUCAAGCGCGCCGACCGCGCCAACGGCACCGACGUGUUCGUCACGGGCGAGAUCUUUGACGCCGAGCCCGCCGGCUCGGAGCGUAAGGAGUGGGAGGCCCUGUUCGCCGAGGGCGAGGUGCCGAGCCCGUUGACGGCCGACGAGAAGAAGAAGUGGUUCGACGAGAUCAAGGGCAAGGUGUCGCUCGCGAGCGACGCCUUCUUCCCGUUCCCGGACAACGUGUGGCGCGCGACGCGCUCGGGCGUUGGCCACUUUGCGGCGCCGAGCGGGUCCGUCAUGGACUCGAAGAUCAUCGAGACGGCCGACGAGUCGAACGCCGUCUACGUCUUUACCGACCUCCGCCUCUUCACCCACUAAACGAGCCAGCCCGCUCGACCCCUUUCCUCCUGCUGUGCCCCUCUCUCGUUCCCUUUUGUAGCUCCGCAGCAGCCCCCAGACGGCUUCAACCCCGCGCAGUAUCGACGUUUUGACUUUCCC